UGCUCAGAGCUGCCACCCUAUCCUGCGAGCUGAGCCCUCAGCUUCACCUCACAGCCCUUUCAGAAAUCAAGAGGCUAAUCCUAAAUGCUCCACUAAUGAAGAAAUAGCUCUAUCUGCCUGUGCUCUGCUACUGUCAAUGAUGAAGAAAACAAGACUGGUUGCCUUAGGAAAUUCUGUGGUAAAACCAGAAAGAUUCCAUCAAAACCAGACGAAACAAAACCGUGUGCAUGUCCUGUGGCUGCUCACUGCUGACCCUGAUCAAGAGCAGUGAACUGCUGUCUGCAUUUUGUAUUGAAUGGAAACUGCUGAGUUCUAUUACGUUUAUUACUUAGCUCAGGAUUAUCUGCAAUAUGUGCUCCAGGAAUCACACCUCGGACCAGCCCAGACCAGGGUUGCUCAUGUCCUGCGAACCACAGCAUCUUCCCUGCAAGACCAAACCGAGGAGGCUCUCAGGCCACUCCUGGACAGGAUUGACAUCACCUCUGUAGCUGCUGCCAAGAGAAUUUUCAAGGGAGUCAUGGAUGAAAAGUUUGCUGAUGGAAAUACUAACUGGGGACGAAUUAUGACCAUAUUUACGUUUGGAGGUCUUCUCACCAAGAAGCUUCAAGAGCAUGGGGUUCAGCUGACUGCAGAGGAGAAGGAGGAGAUCUCUUAUUUCAUCACAGAGUACAUCAUCAACAACAAAUCCGAAUGGAUUGAUGCGAAUGGUGGCUGGGAAAAUGGCUUCCUAACAAAGUUUGAAAGAAGAUCACUACUGUCUUUCUCCAAAAUUACAGCCCUGCUCAUAGCUGUUGUUUCCUUGUUGAGAGAGUACUACUGAAGUAAAAGGAUCUGCCAUUCAUCUGUAAUCUGAUAUUGCCACAAGCUUCAUCUCUCAACCUUCCUCCAAGCAAUAUUAACAAGAGAAUAAUUUCCUUCCAUAAUUUGUGUUUAAUUUAUUUGUAUUUAUUUUGUCUAAAUACAAUGUUUAAUAUGCUAUCCUAAUUACCAAAUCUGAAGUUGAGAUCCUUCCAAAGGGGAAUCUGCACAACAUCUUGCAGCAAUUCAAGUCCACCUUGCCAGGCAGAAUUGCUUUGAGAUCAUUCUCCACAUCCAGACAGCUUCUGAAUCUCUCUUGCAUCUCCAUGAAAGGACAUUGUCUUAGUGAAAUACAAUCCAAUGGGUUAAGAAA